CCCUCAAUUUGCAGUUAGGCGGGUAGGUAAUGAUAAAAAAACAUUGUCCCUCUCUCUCAUCAAAUCAGUGAGAGAGAGGUGCCCGAAAAGCAGAGAGAGCCGAAAACGAACAAACCAACCGAACCAUGACUGCUCCAAACGAUGCAGUUUCCAACGACGAUGACCGCACUGAUGGGUUGGAACUCGGAGGCGGAGGCGGUGGAGGUGGCGGUGGCGGUGGCGAAACUGAGUUGUUGGGGUUGAGUAGCGGUGUUGGUGUUGGUGGUGGUGGUGGAGAUGGGAGAGUGAAGGGACCAUGGUCGCCGGAAGAGGACGCUGUGCUGAGUCGACUCGUGAGUAAGUUCGGGGCAAGGAAUUGGAGCCUGAUCGCCCGGGGAAUUCCUGGAAGGUCCGGAAAGUCAUGCCGACUCCGGUGGUGUAAUCAGCUCGAUCCUUGUGUUAAGCGUAAACCCUUUUCUGAGGAAGAAGAUCGUCUUAUAGUUACAGCUCAUGCAAGCCAUGGGAACAAAUGGGCAGCAAUAGCAAGGCUUCUGCCAGGUAGAACCGAUAAUGCAAUUAAGAACCACUGGAACUCUACUCUAAAACGCAAGUACCCUGAGUUUGGGAGUUUCAAACCUGCUCCUGAGGAGAUGGUGAUUGAUGGGAGCCUUGACAAGAGAAGGGCAUCUUCAGAAGAGACCUUGUCUGUGGAAAUUAUGAAUCCACUUAAGAAUCUAGAAGGAAGAGAUAUUUCAGUAGACAAUAGACCUAUCCAGUAUGAAAAUAGAGCUCAAGUAAAUGAGGGUUGCAUUUUUGAAGCAGAUUAUCAUAACCUUGUUUCUGAAGCACCACAUCCUAUCAUUUCCCGUCCUGUGGCACGAAUUAGUGCAUUUAGCGUUUAUAAUCCUUCAAGUGGUCUGACACGUUCUUCUGUAUUUCGAAGGACACUGCCAGCUGAUGGGACUUUGUCUCAAGGUUCCAAAUCAGAUUUUGGAUCCUGUAAACUUUUUGGAGAAGUCUACAGUGAGCGUAUGGCUCCUUUACAAUGUGGUCAUGGUUGUUGUGAAAAUUCCAAUCAAAGUCAAACUCGUAGGUCAUUGUUGGGACCCGAGUUUCUUGACUAUGAGGAGGUACCCUCUUUUCCGAGUCAUGAAUUAAUUUCCAUUGUUACAGAGUUGAACAAUAUAGCAUGGAUGAGAAGUGGUCUUGAGAAUAGUCGUGCUAGAAUGUCUGAUCAGACAGCAAUCCUAGACAUCUUUCAAGGGUCAACCUCUACCACGCAAGAUGGAAUGUCAGAACAGAACAAAGCUGACCAUUUGCGCUUCGAAGAAGGACGGAACAAAUUGAUGGGCAUGAUGACAGAUGCAUUGUCGUCCCAGAUGCAAAGUUUUGCAAUGCCAACGGAAGUUGAGGGCUUGAGCUAAUACUUUUGACUGUUUCUCUUCCUUUUUUGAGUUUCUAAACGCCGGAAGAAAGGUAUAUAAUUCCCUGAGUUCUCACAGUUAUUGGUUUAUAAUACAUGCUUUUUGUUAAGAAGGGCCUUGCAUUUGGCUGCUAAGAAGAAUCAAACAACAGUUUCAUAUGCGUAGAUUCUGAGAAAUGUAUUCGAGAUUAUAUUUACUUGGCAUGCCAUAGGAAUGAAGAUUAUUCAUGACCAUUUUACAAUGGUUAUGCUUUUACGAAAUUAAACAUUUAUUAUACACGUGUUUCUUUAACACUAAGAGCUUCAAGGUGUA